UUUUGGCCACUGCUAAAUCACCGAAGUCGCUUUCGUCUGCAGUCAUUUGCUUAAAGUUAGUGAACGCGCUAAUAUCGUGUGCGUCCUGUUAUAACGCUAGUGUUGCCGUAGCUGUCUGUUGUGCCGACGAGUUGAGUGUGCUUCGAUUUUGUGAUUCUCUUCAGCUCUCUCUCUACCUACUCCUGCAAAAACUCAUACACAACUCCGAAAUAAUAACAUCUAGUAAACCAAACAUAAACAGCCAAAAAAUGCAGUCACUACGGUGCAGUUUGGGUCUUUUCCUCGUCUUUAUCAUUUGCCAGUCGUGUCUGGCGGUGCCUGCCUUGCGCGUCAAACGUCAACGAGAUGAUCUGCUCUCGCUGGAGGCGGAGAGUGCAGAUGGAAUCAAUAGCGAUUUGAAUCCUAUCAACGCAGAGGCAGUUUCAGGCGAUGAUCUCGAGCGCAACAAAAGAAAAUUACCCGAUGCGACUCUCGAAGCGAAGAAUGCAGUGCUGGGAUUUGUCUUUGGUAAAAUCGACAACUUCCUCGAUACCAAAAUACGUGUCAUCGAGCAGCUGGAUCGCGCCAACAUCGAGAAGAACAAGCAGUGGGACAUUAAGCAACCCGUGCCCAUUAAGGACUUCCAAACGCUCGUCACUGCCGUAGUCUCACCCAAAAUACGCUCGCUAGGAAAUAUUGCCAACGAUUUGACCACUGGCGUGUUGACCACAAUCACCGCUUUCAGCGGUUCUUCAGCGGGCAAUGGUAAUGCAAAUGCUGGUUUGGGUAAUAUCGUGUCGAAGUUCCUCGGCUUCUCUGGUCCUAUUCUGCAAGGCUCUGCAGCUGGUCCUGCUGGUGGCGGCACCACAGCCGCGCCGGAUUCCGACGAGGCUGGCUAUUAAGGCUACUGCAAGUGGCUGCUGUGAUGUUAACUAAAUUACGUGUAUAUAUUUAGCGACAUAUGAAAAUACAUAUGUACUUCUAUAUAUAUGUAAAUACAUUUACAAAUUCUCUUCUGGCUAUACACUUCAAUACAGAAUUAUUGUUACGCGCUGCUAACGAAAUAUCGAUCCACACACACAUUUGAGAAUGCACUUUCAUUGAGAGACACACACACACAUAUAAUUAAACACAUGUUCAAAGGCGAAGCGCGCACACAUACUCAUACAUACAUGCAUACAGCGCAUGUAAUACGUUAAAUUUCAACUUUAUUCUAUUUAACGCAGAAUGCUACAAAGCUAUCCAUAUAAACUUCGAAAGCAAUGUUUUCCUAUUAUCCUUGAAUAUACUUAUGUACAUAACGUAUAGUUUUUGUUAUACUCUCUUUAAACUCUUCUGCGUAUAUUAGUAAUUUUAUCAUGUAGGCAACCAUACUCGUUUUGAUAUUUUAAAAUUUCCAACAAUUCGAAAAAAAUAUUUUUUAUAAACUUUUUUCUUUUUUUGUAUUUUUAGUUUAAUUUAAGUAUUUUUUACGUUCCCAUUACACACGAUUGUAAACCAUAUCAUUAAUAACUGUA